CUGGGGACACGGGGGUGGCAGGGACUGGGAUGAGGGAAUAGUGCCAGCCCGGGGACACGGCGGUGGCAGGGACUGGGGCGGCACUGGGGGCACAGUGCCAGGCUCGGGACAAGGGAUAUUUGGGGUCUCCCAGCCGGGCUGGGGUGCCAGGGACAGGGUGGCACCGGGGUUCCCACCCCGGGGCUGUUGACCCUCCCCUUCCCGGCAGGAUUUGGCCCGCUGGACAUGACCGUUUGCAUCCUGGGCUCCCCCACUGCCUUCCUGCCCGUCCUGCUGGAGGGUGGCACCCGCUGCCCAGGUGCCAUGGUGCUGUGCCUGUCACCCACCUGGGCCAGCCGGGUGCCGUCCGAGUCGUGUCCCGGCGCUUGGUCCCUGCUGCUCUCCCAGGGGGUCUCCUUCAAGGUGGGGGGUCACAGCGCCCUGGAGACCUUCGUGCCCCCCCGCCGUGCCAACUACGUGACGGGCACGUUCGCGCCGUGGGACCCCGAGGGCGGCUGGGCGGCCGAGCUGGCCCGUGACCUCGACUGCCCCACGGGGGGCUCGGCCCCGCUCGCCCGACGCCUCGAGGACCUGCUGGUCACCCGCUGGGUGCUGGCGGCUCGUGCCAAGCUGCCCGUGCCCCCCACGCUGGCCUUCGUCCUGGCGGCUCGGGGGGACCUGCCCGCCGAGCUGGAGGUGCCCGGGGUGAGGCUGGUGCGGCUGCAGGACCCCCAGGGCCAGGACAGCCUGGUGCAGGAGGAGGUGGGCACCUUCCUGGGGGGCACCGCCAUGGAGCCCUACAGCCAG